GUCAUACACCGACCGACUAAUUGUUUGAUAUGUCCGAGUCUAAGAAUUAUUUAAAAUUAAUUUAUCCCUAAAUAAUAUGUACAUUUCAAUAUCUCAUAUUUUAUUAGAAACGAAUUAAAUACAUACCAUAUAAUGAUAAAGUGGCAAAUGUUCAAAUAAUAAAUAAUCAUGAAUAAAGCAUCGUUUGUAUUCAAAAUAAAAUGAUAGGUAUAACAUUCCUGUGUAGUUACUAAUCGAUCACUAGGUUAAAAACAAAGAAAUAUGAUGCGCACUUGUGAAGAAGACUCUGGGCGUAGUUCUUGUUCCGCUACUUCCAUAGGACUCAGUCCAGUAAUAGAUUAUCAUGACAUGAAACUAGCAAACUCUAACCAGAUAAAAACAAAACAAGUAAAAUCUCAGGAAACAAUGACAAAUAACGAUUUAAAAGUGAGUAUGCGACCGAGAAGCUGUAUUUUAUUGAAAUCUCCAGAUGAAAGAGACCCAUUCCCGAGUCGUAUGUUACAAAACAAUCCAAAGAAUGUUGCACUUAGCUUAUUUGACACACCCAGAUUGGGUGGAUUAACCAAUGCCCAUUCCACACUAAAUAUAGCAUGUAGCACUCAGAUAGAAGAGCCUGCAAUUCAACAGAAUGCUGUAUCCUUGACUAAUAUUAUCAACAAUGAAAAAACUAAACCCAAACAAGGAUUGAAUGCAAAUUUUCGACAUAUUAAACCAGUUCAAAGAGCUGCUUCGAGACUUUACAAAGCUGGAAGUGGAUUCAAGGGGAAAGAUGGUUGUAUUGGGCCUGAAUUCAUAAUAAGAGCUUCACAACCUGCCAAAACUAUAGAUCUUACAUUAGCAGCCUUAGCAGAAAAGAGAAUGAUCAAAGUUAUUCUUCUGAAUGGACAAAUUAUUGAACUUCUAUGUGAUCCCAAUGUGAUUACCGCAGGACAAAUUUUCCAAACUAUAGUCUAUAAUGAGAAGUAUGAACACAAUUUCAUGCUUGGAAUAGCUGUACUUGUUGGAGGAGAUUUUGUGUUUCUACCUGAUGAUUAUAAAAUUAAGAAAAUUGCUCCAGAUGGAUGGUUUAAACCAAGUAGUAAAAAAAAUAAAUUAUCUGAAGAUAUGAAUUUUACUGUCUUUUUAAGAAUAAAAUUUUUCUUACCUAAAAAUAUUGCUUGUAAUAUACAGGGUGGAGAAUGGAGAUAUAGGGUAUAUUUACAAUUAAGAAGAGCAACAGUGGAAGGGCAAAUGAUUUCUACAAUACCGAAUCUGAUUUUAUUAGCAGGUUAUGCUUUACACAUUGAGUUUGGAGAGUUUUCAUAUAGGGAACAUGGCACUGGAGAUUAUUUUCUGUUGGAACAUUAUUUACCUGAAAAUAUUAAUAAUGAAAAUGUAGCAGACAUAAAAUUACGCAUGAAAUGUGCUCAUGAGUCCAAGCAUGGCUUGGACAGGAGUAAAGCAAUCAUUAACUACAUAACCCUGGCACAAACUUUUCGAGACUAUGGAGCACACUUUUAUUCUGCAGUUUGGGCAACAAGAGAUGGUUUCUGUAGAGAUAUAUGGUUAUCCAUUGGUCCUAGAGGUAUAACAUUAUACUCACGUAAUAAUCAUAUUCCAGAUGAGUCCAGGAAUAAUGGCAAUCGCAUUGUAUUACAAAGUUUACCUUGGCACCACAUUCAUACUUUCUAUUAUAACAAAAAAAGUUUAUAUAUAAUGCCUAACUCAUAUUCAGGACUUUCCAAAAUGAAUAUCAAAUAUAAAUUGAAAAUGAAUGACAAUAAAAGCUAUUUUACAUAUUGGUUGGCUUCUUUGCAUCAUAGAUUAUAUUUAAAGUUAUAUGCUAAAGAAGAUUUCAUAGCUUACUUAUCAGAAGAACUAAGUUGCCCACUGAACAAAGAAGCAUCACCAAAUAAAACAGUGUGCAGCAAUUAUCAGGACAGCUACAAUUUAGCAGUAAGGAAUCCCAUUAGAAUACGAAGACCAACUAGAAGACGGUUUAAAAUGGACUUAUUUGGUGAAAAUAAGAUGCAAAAUAAAGAAAACGAAAAACCUAAUACAGAAGAAUUACUCCGACAAAUACUAUCCUCCCCACUGCCUAGUGAUGAUAAUGCAGUCACUUCGCAUGUAAUACAAGAUAAUUCUUCUAAUGAUGCUUUGUCUUCAUCAGAAAGUUGUAGUUUGCCAAGAAGACAUGGUGUCAAAAUGGGGACAAGAGUAUUUAAUGGCAUGAAAACUGCAAUGAGUAAUAAAUAUCCUAGAUCACCAAUAAAUACUUGUUUAAGAUCAGAGUGUGAUUUAGUUACUGCACAGAGUGAUUCAGAUGAUUUGAGUUCAGAACAAAAACAACAUUGUAAUGUCAAUAGUAUGAAGCUACUACCUGAGAGACAUUAUAACCAUAACAUGUCUAAUGCUCCGACUGCUUUUGUAUUAGAAUCUCCUAAAGUUUAUUCUGAUUCAUUUAACUUUAAUGCAGUUAACAAUGAAUCUUGCUUGAAUGCUUCAUUGUUUGAAAAAUUGGAUAGCAUGGGUUGUGUACAAGGAGAAAGAAUAUUUGUAACAGCCACUUUGACACGGGAUAAAAUGAAUACAUUAGGACUGCAAGUUGCUGAGGGAUCUGAUGGUAAUGUUUACAUAAAAUCAAUAACAUCAGGCAGCCCUGCUGAUUUGUGUGAGAAAUUAAUUCCAGGUGACCAAAUUAUAUCUGUUAACGGUAAAACUCUUUUAAAUGUCAGAUAUGAUAAGGCUUUAGGGAUGUUGCAAUCUGCAUCACAAAAAGUGGAGUUAAUUGUUUUGCAAAAUUCUAACAAAACAUCAGAUGUUGAGUAUCAUUCUAUGGAACAAUCUGGUGAAGUAAGUAAUUCAAAAUUAAUUGCUUGCAAAAGUGUGAGUGUUGCAAGUGCAUUAGAUACUGAUAUAACUGAUGAUGAACUUUUAAAUGAAGAAGCUUUAAAAACAAUAUAUGCCCUUAUAAAAUUAACUAAAGAAAAAGUGAUAAGUCGAAUGAAAGACAAAUCUAGUAGACAAAAUACUCUCAACAAAGGUAACCUUCAAAAAUGCUUUUCUGAAAACAAAAUAGCUGAACAUUCUGAUGUUGGGGAGUAUUCUUCUCAAGAAAGUACUCCUCGGAAAACUUCUAACAAAUUCAAUACAUGGCGUGGUCAUAUAUCUAACCACAGGCCUAAACGAAGGCCAUUAAGCCUAAGCAUUCCAACUGACAUGGACUUACCUGAUGAUCUGAAUGAAUAUAGCCUGAUGACGAAAACUUCAUUGAAAUCAGUGCAGUCGUCUUUGAACAGUUUAGAUAAGUCAAGCACGUCUACGAAAACUGUAGCUUUGCCCAGAAACUUUGGAUUGAGUAGGAAAUGGUUAGGGCCUGUCCGGUACCCUGUGACACCAUGCAAAAAUAGCAAUACCCCUACCGAAAAUAGUGCAAUCACCCAUGAACAGAUUGUUCGGAGACAUUUUGUAUAUGGUGCUGGAGACUCUGAUGAAGAUCAGAUAUUUCUGUAGGUAUACCAUUCAGCAAUGAUUUUCAUAUUUCUAUUGUUAUCUAAUAAGAGCUUUACCUACGUUUAUAUUGAAUAUUGUUUUUAUAAUAUGAAAAUAUACAUUAUAAUAACAUAAUUUACAAACGAAUAUAUUUUAAUAACGUUUUU